AAGGGGGGGCUUGGCUACGCGCGGGCGGGAAGGGGACGGAGGAGUUCGGGAAUCGGGAGUGUGUGAACGAGAGUGGGGGACGAUUAAAGUUGAAGUUAUCAUAACAGUUGUGUGAUUAUUGGUCUAACAUUGGUAGCAGAGGAUGGCUGCUGCUGGGAAUUACAAAGUGCCGCCAUCGUUCGAUGAGAAGACGUCUUUUGAAAGUUGGAAAAAUGAAAUUGAAAUCUGGAGACUCGUUACGGACUUGGACAAAAAAAGGCAGGCUCUAGCGAUUACUUUAUCGCUAUCGGGAAGAGCGAGGGAAAGCGCACUGGAAAUCGCAGCCCACGACCUCAACACGGAUACGGGGAUGGAUGUUCUUCUAAACAAACUGGACUCUGUGUUUUUAAAAGAAGAAAAAGAUCGACAGUACGAAGCUUACACGGAAUUUGAUCGGAUCAACAGACAAAGUGGCACGUCGAUGGUGGAUUACAUUAUCGAAUUUGAACGACGGUACAACAAGAUACCCUUGAAAAGGAUUUUCGGCGAUAACGUCUCUUCGCCACAAGAGAGCGAUUCCGCUUACUUCACAAAGUACACAGGCAAGCGUGAACGUAAUUCAAACUCAGCGCAACCCCAAAGAACAGCUGCAGGGACUAAUCCGCUUGACAAGUAUGGGAGGAGAACAAGAUGUGCAGUAUGCCAAAGCACUUAUCACUGGGUAAAAGAUUGCCCUAACAAAACAGAACAUGUGAAGUUAGCAAAAGCUGAGGGAUUAAAGAGUGAUGUUGAAGAAUGUAAUAUUACUCUGUUUUCAAACGAAUCACCCUCUGAUACACAAAUAUUCAUGAUGGAAGCUUUGGGGUCUGCCGUAAUUGACACUGCUUGUACAAGAACUGUGUGUGGAGAAAAAUGGCUUGCAGAUUAUAUAAGUGAGUUACCUCAGAAAGAGUUGAAAAAAAUGAAAGAUGAAAAGAGCACAAGGCCAUUCCGCUUUGGUGAUGGAAAAAUUGUGCAAUCCACAAGGAAAGUGACAAUUCCAGCAAAAAUAGGACAGACUAGAUGCAAGAUAGAAACAGAAGUUGUUCCAGCAGAUAUACCGAUGCUUUUAAGCAAGACCUCAUUAAAGAGAGCAAGUGCAGUCUUGGAUAUUGCUCAAGACAAAGCAACAAUGUUUGAUCAACCUGUAAAACUUGAACUGACAUCUUCGGGACACUAUUGUGUAAACUUGAGAAAUGAGAGCAACCUUAAUAAAAAACAGCUAGAGAGAAGUGAGACACCUACUGAUGAAGAUGAAAUUCUCAUUGUGACAGAAAACAUGACAACAAAAGAUAAAGAGACAGUCCUUCUUAAACUACACAAACAAUUUGGACAUGCAUCAGUUGACAGACUGCAAAAGCUUCUGUCUUGCUCAGGCAAUAGUGAUGAGGAAAGCAUUACAAUCCUGAGGAAUAUUAUAAAAAACUGUGAAACAUGCAUCCGAUACGGUAAACCAAAACAUAAGCCUGCAGUAGGUUUACCCAGGGCUUCAACAUACAAUGAAACUGUUGCAGUGGACCUGCAUGAGCUUGAGCCGGGACUGUGGUAUCUACAUGCCAUUGACCAUUUCACAAGAUUCAGUGCAGGAAGUAUCAUCACCACAAAAAGACCUAGGGAGAUAGUGAAGCACUUUAUCCACUGCUGGAUAAGCAUCCACGGUCCACCAUGCAAACUAUUCAGUGACAAUGGCGGUGAAUUUAAUAAUGUAGAAAUAAGAGACAUGGCGGAGAAAUUUAACAUUGAGGUUAAAACCACUGCAGGGUACAGUCCGUGGAGCAAUGGCUUGCUUGAAAGGCACAAUCAAAUUCUUACUGAAAUGUUACUGAAGGUAAAAAGAGACAAUGAGUGUGACUGGAAAACUGCUCUGGACUGGGCUUUGAUGGCGAAAAACUGUAUGCACAAUGUACAUGGCUACAGUCCCUACCAACUUGUCUUUGGACAAAAUCCAAAUCUGCCUUCAGUCCUUACUGACAGACCCCCAGCUCUGGAAACUGAAAUGAGUACAUGGAUAGCCCAGCACACUACAACGUUGCAUGCCAUGAGACGAGCUUUUACAGAGGCUGAAUGCUCUGAGAGGAUACGAAGAGCCCUUCGCAAACAGCUGCGAUCCAUUGAUGACAAAUAUGAAACGGGGGACAAAGUCUAUUACAAAAGGACGGACUGUCAUGAGUGGAAAGGUCCAGGGGUGGUCAUUGGCCAAGAUGGUGUAGUAAUAUUUGUCAGGCAUGGAGGAACCUAUGUCAGAGUACACCAGUCUAGGCUCAGAAAAGUGGAUGAACCACAGCUGAGCAUGGCAGAAACCGAAGAGGAAAAUCAGAGCAAAACAGAUGAAAAUUUUUUAAAGAUCCCAGCAGCAGUACUUGGUAAGGAACACGAUUUUGAAAAUGAACAUGGGGAGAUGGCACCAACUAAUGGUGAACCAAUUGGCAAUACAGAAGAUGAACUGCCCAGUACUGCAGAAAACAGCGAGUCCUCUGAUCCAAUACAACCUGGAGAAAGAGAUCCCACACUGUCUCACUCAACCACGGAUAUAGAAGGAUCAAAACUUAAAGUUGGACAAAUAAUUAAAUACACAGACAAAGAGACAGGUCAAACAUAUGCUGGAAAAAUAAUCAGUCGAGCAGGAAAAACCACUGGAAAAAACAGACAGUGGUACAACGUGGAAUAUAGUGAGCCAGAGGAAAUUGCUGGAUCCAUGGGUUCCAUUAAUGUGGAGCAAGUAAACAACCUUCAAGUGACACUAUCUGAAGAUGCCAAGUCGUGCACAGAUAAAAACAGAGACGAAAUAUUAGUGGUGAAGGAAGACAUUUUCUCACAAGCCAAACAAACUGAACUUGAUAACUGGAAAAGAAACAAUGUGUUUGAAGUGGAGAAAGAAAAAGGUCAGAAAUGUAUAUCAACAAGGUGGAUAUGCACACUCAAGGAAACACCAGGGGGCAUUAUACCCAAAGCUAGACUGGUUGCAAGAGGCUUUGAAGAGCUAAACACGCAGGAACUUUCUAAAGACUCACCAACAUGUUCCUCCGAGUCCCUGAAGAUGGUCAUAGCAGUAAUAUGUCUAAAUCAAUGGAAACUGAACUCCAUGGACAUUAAAGCAGCUUUUCUGCAAGGUAAAGAUUUAACCCGAGACGUGUACAUCCGACCACCUGAAGAAGCACAGGGCAAAGGAACUAUAUGGAAGUUGAACAAAUGUGUUUAUGGCCUGGCAGAUGCUUCAUUAUUCUGGUACAACAAGGUGAAAGAAACCAUGCAGAAACUGGGGGGCACAGUGUCAAAAGUUGAUCCGGCUGUCUUCUACUGGCUAGACGAUCUCUGUAAAGUGACAGGAGUACUUGCAUGUCAUGUAGAUGACUUUAUGUGGGGUGGUUCAGACAUGUUCUCCACAUUAGUCAUCCCCAAACUGAAAGCU